CCAACUUUUCCAUCACAUCGUUUCAAUUUCAACCAAACUUCUAAUUUUAAUGUGAACUAAACACACACGUAUUUAGUUGUUUAUAGUUCUAUUAUUGUACGUGCUCUACUAGCAAAAACUGUAUAGGAUUCUACUUUACCAGCAUUGUCCUCGGUGCCUCCUGACUCCUGAGCAAGCAAGGCGGUAAAUUUUAAAUUUUCAAAUAAGUUGCACUGAACAAUGCUCACCAACCGGACCGUGAGGGUGUCCCAGUUGCUGUGCUGCGGCGCUACUCUUGCCCUGGUUGCUCCGGAUCGCAAUAAGUUCCCCCAUAAAUGCUGCCAUUCGGAGUGGCCGCUGUAAAUGAAGGUUGUUGCGACGCAUUGAAUACAAGCAACCUUCAGACACUGCAGACAGCCGUAGGCCAGGAACCAGGAGCUUUUAAAACCUCUGACCCUCUUUUCCUUUGUGGUGAAUUUCCAGAGGGUUUGGAAAAUUGGGGGUAUAAAACAAACUCCGUUUUGUUACACUAGAACGAAACUUCUAAAAAAUUGUGCUCUACUCCUACUCAUCAAAAUACUUCUACUAGUAAGCUCAACUCCUUUAAAAUUCCUGCAAAAUUCCUCGAAACUAAAUAGGCCCUAAUUAAAGAGGAAGAUAUAUACUUACUAUAUCAUAUCAUAUCUUCAAUAGCGAAGCCAAUGAUGUCGUUUAGUUUAAGGAAACAAAUAGCAUUUUUGGACGAUUAACUAGUUUCUGUGAACGUCAAAGGUAGUAAUUCAUUGUGGAGUAAUCAACAACAGAGCCUGAAGUCGUCCUGCAGCCCCGCCACCGCAUAAUGCUAUAGGAAUACGUAACGGUGACAGUGAUAUCGGAGGCGAUAUAAAUUGUGGGACUCCAUGCUUAUCAAACGAUGUUUGGAGGAAAAUGUUGCAAGUCCAUAAUGGUAACCUAUUUAAUUCCAUUUCAACAAAUGAAGCUGUGGAAGAUAAUUUAUCUUCGAACAAGCAAUUAAAAUUCACUUAAUAUCAAUCAUAUGUAAGAUUAAUUAUAUAGUUUCCACCUAUGAAUACCCAAAAAAAGGAGUCGACAACAUGAGCUAAGCCAAGAUUAAAGCUGUACCACCAUUUUUUCUCUGCAAGAUAAAACCAUAGAAAUCCAGAAAGCCAAGAGAAAUCAUUUUGUCGAUUCCUAUUUGUUCUACUCGUAGCACAUUAAUAGCAGCACAAGGCCCCCCAUCUCCUCUCCUCUGUGCUUCCCUCACUGCGCCACCACUCCACCACCUCCACCUCCUCUCCAAAAACUUGCCUUGCCGCCGCAAAUGGACAAGGCGCCGCUGUGAUCCCUCCUCCCCAUUGCGUUCUCCCGCUUCCUCCUCCUCCGCGCGCGAGAUGGCCGCCGCCUCGCCGCUCGCGCGGCUCCUCGCGGCGCUGCUCGCCGUGGCGGCCGCGGCGACGGCCGCCACCGCGCUCACCGACGACGUGCUCGCGCUGGUGGUCUUCAAGACGGGGGUCGCCGACCCGAUGGGCAGGCUCGCCGCGUGGACGGAGGACGACGACCGCCCUUGCUCCUGGCCCGGGGUCGGGUGCGACGCGCGGGCGGGGCGGGUGACGUCGCUGUCCCUCCCGGGGGCGUCGCUCUCCGGCCGCCUCCCGCGCGCGCUGCUCCGCCUCGACGCGCUCGCCUCCCUCUCCCUGCCGCGGAACAACCUCUCCGGCCCGGUGCUCCCGGGCCUCCUCGCCGCGCUCCCCCGCCUCCGCUCCCUCGACCUCUCCUCCAACCGCCUCGCCGCCCCCGUCCCCGCCGAGCUCUUCGCGCAAUGCCGCUCCAUCCGCGCGCUCUCCCUCGCGCGCAACGAGCUCUCCGGCUACAUCCCGCCCGCCGUCACGUCGUGCGCGUCGCUCGUGUCCCUCAACCUCUCCUCCAACCGCCUCGCUGGCCCCAUCCCUGAUGGCCUCUGGUCGUUGCCUUCGCUCCGGUCGCUUGACCUCUCGGGCAACGAGCUCUCCGGGAGUGUCCCCGGAGGCUUCCCCGGGAGCAGCUCGUUGCGGGCGGUGGACUUGAGCCGGAACCUUCUCGCCGGGGAGAUACCGGCGGACGUCGGGGAGGCGGCGCUCCUCAAGUCGCUGGAUGUCGGGCACAAUCUCUUCACCGGCGGGUUGCCGGAGUCGCUGCGUCGGCUGUCCGCGCUGCGGUUCCUCGGCGUCGGCGGCAAUGCGCUCGCCGGGGAGGUGCCGUCGUGGAUCGGGGAGAUGUGGGCGCUGGAGCGGCUGGACUUGUCCGGGAACCGCUUCUCGGGCGCCAUCCCUGACGCCAUCGCGAAAUGCAAGAAGAUGGUGGAGGCGGACCUCAGCCGGAACGCGCUCGCCGGCGAGCUCCCCUGGUGGGUGUUCGGCCUGCCGCUGCAGCGCGUCUCGGUCGCUGGGAACAAGUUGUACGGGUGGGUCAAGGUGCCGGCGGAUGCCGCGCUGGCGCUGCGCGCGCUGGACCUGUCGAGCAACGGGUUCUCCGGCGGGAUCCCGCCGCAGAUCACCGCUUUUGCGGGUUUGCAGUAUCUCAACAUGUCCUCGAAUUCCUUCGCGAGGCAGCUGCCCGCCGGCAUUGGCGGGAUGAGGCUGCUCGAGGUGCUCGAUGUGAGCGCCAACCGUCUCGACGGCGGCGUGCCCCCGGAGAUUGGCGGCGCAGUGGCGCUCCGGGAGCUGCGGCUGGGGCGGAAUUCAUUCACCGGCCACAUCCCGUCGCAGAUUGGGAAUUGCAGUUCCCUUGUUGCAUUGGAUUUGUCACACAAUAAUCUCACAGGGUCAAUCCCUAGCACCGUAGGCAAUCUGACCAGUCUUGAGGUGGUUGAUCUAUCAAAGAACAAGCUGAAUGGGACCUUACCAGUGGAGCUAUCUAAUCUGCCCAGCUUGCGCAUCUUUGAUGUCUCCCACAACUUACUAUCAGGGGACCUCCCAAAUAGUCGUUUCUUCGACAACAUCCCUGAAACCUUCUUGUCUGACAAUCAGGGCCUCUGCAGCUCGCGGAAGAACAACUCCUGCAUUGCUAUCAUGCCAAAGCCCAUAGUGCUCAAUCCCAACUCCUCGACAAACCCAUUGUCGCAGGCCACACCGACUGCCCCUAGCAGCAUGCACCACAAGAAGAUCAUAUUAAGUGUUUCCACCCUCAUUGCCAUUGCAGGUGGUGGUACCAUUAUUAUCGGGGUGAUCAUCAUAUCUGUUCUCAACCGUCGUGCCCGUGCCACCACCUCUCGGUCAGCUCCUGCUACUGCAUUAUCUGAUGACUAUCUUAGCCAAUCCCCAGAGAAUGAUGCUAGCUCAGGGAAGCUUGUUAUGUUUGGAAAAGGCAGCCCAGAGUUCAGCGCUGGUGGGCAUGCCUUGUUGAAUAAGGAUUGUGAGCUUGGUCGAGGAGGUUUUGGUGCAGUCUACAAGACAGUGCUGAGAGAUGGCCAACCGGUGGCCAUCAAGAAGCUCACCGUUUCUAGCUUGGUCAAGUCGAAGGAUGACUUUGAGAGACAGGUGAAGUUGCUCAGCAAAGUGCGACACCACAAUGUCGUCGCACUAAGAGGCUUCUACUGGACUUCGUCGCUGCAGCUCCUCAUCUAUGAUUACCUGCCCGGAGGAAAUUUGCACAAACACCUCCAUGAGUGCACGGAGGACAACUCGCUCUCUUGGAUGGAAAGGUUUGACAUUAUCCUUGGAGUUGCUAGGGGUCUGACACAUCUGCACCAGCGUGGGAUCAUCCAUUACAAUCUCAAGUCCAGCAAUGUUCUGCUGGACAGCAAUGGUGAACCCAGGGUAGGUGACUAUGGUCUUGCCAAGCUGUUGCCGAUGCUGGACCGGUAUGUGCUGAGCAGUAAGAUCCAGAGUGCACUGGGGUACAUGGCACCAGAAUUUGCUUGCAAGACUGUGAAGAUUACCGAGAAGUGCGACGUGUAUGGCUUUGGAGUGCUCGUGCUGGAGGUCUUGACGGGCAGGAGGCCGGUUGAGUACUUGGAAGAUGAUGUAGUUGUGCUAUGUGAUUUGGUGAGAAGCGCACUGGAGGAAGGUAGGCUGGAGGACUGCAUGGAUCCCAGGUUAUGUGGUGAAUUCCCCAUGGAAGAGGCCUUGCCAAUCAUCAAGCUGGGCCUUGUUUGCACCUCGCGGGUUCCAUCGAACCGGCCAGACAUGGGCGAAGUGGUGAACAUUCUUGAGCUGGUGAGGAGUCCUCAGGAUAGUCUAGAGGACGAGCUGGUUUAAUGUCUCUUGCCAACUCUGUUCUGAACGGUUCUAGGCGUUUUUUUUUCCUUUUUGUUUUAAUGAGAUGCAUAUAGUGUAAUGCUAGGUGGGAAGAAAUCAGAGAAAGCAAAGAGUGGUAUGGAUCGUGAAAUGCUUGUAGUUUGCUUGAAGUUUUAGGGAGGUUGCAAGGCUAUUUUGUUGCUUCUCGGCAAUUCUUUGAUCCAUUUCUUGGAAGAGUUGUUUUGCCAUGUGGGCAUUGCCUCGGUGCCGCA